CCAGCAUCAUCGCCAUCUCCAUUGCGCCUCACCACCCCAAUUGACACCAUGGCCCUCGACGCAAUGGAUCUCGACCCCACCCCGACGGGGCCCGCCACGCUGCCAUCCCCCGAAAAGGACCGCAAGCGCAAACACAAGGACAGCACGUCGCCCAGCAAGAAGAAGCGCAAGCAUGAAACCGACUCGACCAAGAAGAAGAGCAGCAAGAAGUCCUCCAAGAGCAAGACCAGCACCACCGCCAAUGUAUCCGCCUCCUCCACCACCAGCGACUCUCCUUACACCCUCACAACCGCCACGCUCUACCUCCCCCUCUCCCCGAUCUCCAUCUCGCCCACCCACGCUCUAGCCUCCCUACUUGCAGAGCAUCUUUCUCCGCUCCUCCUCACCUACUACGCACCCCUCAAGGGUAUCGUCCUCGCCUACUCUAACGCCUCGAUCUCCAGCACCGCGCCGCAAUCCACCAGCGUCGUCAACGCCGAGGACCCCCACCCGCAACCACUGACGCUCGCCCGCACGGCCGGCGAAUACGGUGUUCUCUACGUGUACCUCACAGCGACCUUCCUGGUGUUCCGACCCCAGCGCGGCCAGAUCCUCGAGGGCUGGGUGAACGUGCAAUCGGAGGGCUUCCUGGGCGCCAUCGUCCUGAACCUGUUCUCCGUGGGCAUUGAACGGAAACGUCUGCCCCCGAGCUGGAAGUGGAUUCCUCCGGGCGAGGAACAGGAAGAGGAGGAGCAGCAACAAUCAUCAUCCUCUACCGCACCCGCAGACGAAGAAGAGGAAGGCGAUAGCGACUCCUCCAGCCAACAAAAGAACAAAACACCCUUCGACCCGGAGAAGGAACUCUUCCGCCCCAUCGCUCUCGCUUCGGACGUGAACCCCCUCGCCGACACCGAUACUACCGAAGGCGGCAACACCAACACCAACGACGAGGACGAGGACGCCGCCGCAGAGGGCUAUUUCCAGUCCGUGUCGGGACACCGAGUGCGCGGGACGGUUCGGUUCCGGGUCGUGGACGUGGAUGUGAUUCCCGGUUCGGAGCGGGAGAGCGGGUUCAUCAGCAUCGAGGGCACGAUGUUGGACGAGGACGAAGAGAGACGUCUGUUCGAGGAAGAGCGCACCGGUAUCUCUUCCUCUUCCUCUUCCCUCUCUACUGGCAUGACACCAAGAAAACCAUCCUCGACAUCCAUGUCCGGAGCAUUGGCUAUCCGAUCCGCUUCUACCUCAUCCGCGCCUUCUCCCGUCGUGGAUAUCGAACUCGAGUCCCCGACCAAGAAGCCCGUCAAGGAGAAGAAAUCCAAGUCCAAGUCCAAGAAGGAGAAGUCGAAGGAGUGAGUGGGUGGUGAACCCUUGUUGAUAUGUGCUGUACGCUCCAUGUUAUAUAUUCUGUGUUUUAUCUUUUUUUUUUUUCUUUCGAUUGUAUUCAGCUUUGUCCACGUCUGGCGUUAGAUGGGAGAAUCAAAAUGUCUAUUUCAUUCAAGGUGAUUGCUUAGGGUUGGAAGUACUGGAUAGACAGUAAAUUUUUUAAUGUUUGAUUUAUAGUAUGGCAGAUCUUGGAGUUGCCUGUGAUUGAUGCUUACUGUCACCUUUUUCUAGUUGAUGUUGGUUGACAGAAAGUUGAAUGAGAUGGGACCGAUCCGGAAAUAUAUAAUGCGUUAAGACAU